AUGAAACAUAUGUUCUCUUUGAUCUCUGUUUUCUGGUUUCUGAAGAUUUCCAUAAUUUUUUGUCAUUUGAGUGACCCUAGAUGCUUUUGGAGAAUAAAAGACACCAAAAAUGAUCUAGGCGAUAAAGAAACUUAUUGUUUCUUUUCUAUUUACACAAAGCACUGUUAUGUGAAGAAUGAUUAUUUCAGUUGGAAUCUAGACAAGCAGGUGACACCCAAGACCAACCAUUUGAUUUUCUCUGUUUAUCUUGCUAUGGAAGAAAUAAAUAAGAAUGGCCAUAUUUUACCCAAUAUUUCUCUGCUAGUUAAUAUUGAAUGUGGCCUAGAAUUAUAUGGUGAGAGAACUGAUUUGGCAUUAAAAAAUAAGGAAUUUAUUCCUAAUUACUACAGCAGAAAUCAUAGAAGAUAUUUAAUUGUACUUACAACACCUAAAUGGGGAGUAUCUACAAGUAUUGGACAAUUACUGUACAUCUCCAGAAUUCCUGAGCUUUACUGUGGUCAUUUUCAUCUUCUUCUGAAUGAUAAUGAACAAUUUCCUCAUCUUUACCAGAUAUCUCCCAAGCACACAUCUCUACCACUAGCCAUGGUGUCCCUAGUGGUUCAUUUCAGAUGGAACUGGAUAGGAGCAAUUGUUACAAAUGAUGACCAUGGAAUUCAAUUCCUUUCUGAAUUGAGAGGAGAAAUGCAAAAACACAUGGUCUGUUUAUCAGUUGCGAUUAUUAUCCAAACUCAGAAGUUCAUGGCCCUUAAAGACUAUAGUAUGAAUUAUAACAAAAUUGCAAUGUCAUCAGCAAAAGUUGUAAUAGUUUAUGGAGACAAAGACUCUCCCAUACAGUUUACCCUCAUUAUGUGGAAAUAUGAAGGCAUAAGGAGAAUCUGGGUCAGUGUGUCACAAUUUGAUAUGAUCACAAUUAUAGGAGAGUUUUUGCUAUACUCCUCCAUGGGGAGUUUCAUUUUUUCACACCAGCAACCUGAAAUAUCUGGUUUUGAACAAUUUAUCCAAACAGUACACCCUUCAAACUACAGUAGCGAAUUUUCCCUUGCCAAACUGUGGUGGAUGUAUUUUAGAUGCUCUUUGCCACCAUCUAAUUGUAAGAAGCUGAAGAAUUGUCCAAUCAUAACUGUAUUUAAAUGGUUAUUCAUGACACCAUUUGGAAUGGCCAUGAGUGAUACUUGCUAUAACUUAUACAAUGCUAUGUAUGCUGUGGCCCAUUCACUCCAUGAGAUGCUUCUGCAACAAGUAGACACGUGGUCAAAUAAUGCUGGGAAGGAACUGGAAUUUGACUCUUGGAAGAUGUUCUCUAUUCUGAAGACAUUACAAUUUGUAAAUCCUGCUGGAGACCUAGUCAACAUGAACCAGAAUUUGAAACAGGAUACAGUGUAUGACAUUUUCUAUAUUCUAAAUUUCCAAAAAUAUUUUGGACUUAAAAUAAAAAUAGGAAUAUUUUCAGGUUAUCUCCCAAGUGGCCAACAGCUAUAUAUGUCCAAGGAAAUGAUGGAGUGGGCUACAGAUAUGGAUCAGAUUCUACCCUCAAUAUGUAGUAUGCCUUGGACACCAGGACUCAGAAAAUCCCCUCAGGAAGGAAAGGAUAUCUGCUGUUUUAUAUGUAAACCCUGCCCAGAAAAUGAAAUUUCCAACAUGACAA